UGUCUUGCUCGAUUGAUUUGCCAUUUUUGAGUGAGAAGAUUUCCUUGUCCAUAUGUCACGUUCAAUUUCAAUCUCAGUCAUAAGAGUAUCGUGACCAUAUGAAGUAUCUUGUAUUCCAUCAAUGACUAUCAGUAUGUAGGACUGCAAUUCAACAAGAAUCAAACAAGAAUCAAGUCAUUGCGCGUCCUUGUAGUGCUUGUAUGAUCUGACAUUCCAACAAACUAUGGAUUUUUGACUCGUUCUUUAUUCAUUGGGUGCGGAUCGCACUCUUUGAAGGCUUCGCGGAGUGAUGCAAACUUCGUCUUUCUGUGAUUAAAUGAAGGUUUCUGAGACUUGGUUGCACUGUAAGUGAUUCGCACCUACACAAGCAUUUUGCGUGGCAGAGAAGAUGCAUCCAGGAGUCAUCUCUCCCACAAUAUCGCUCUGAGCCGCAUGAGGCCCCCUUGGAGUGACAAAGCUACGGUCAGAUCUUACAGGUUCUUGUCAAGCCUGAGUACGUUUACACCUAGAGCAAUUGCCUAUGGAGCUCCAAUCUUCGCGGUACGGACGUAGCAGUUGAGCCAUUGAAGAGAGGUCGCAAUCAUUACUCCCAUAGGAACAUAUCGCUGUUUUGUUUCAACCGUUCCGCUGAUUAGCCACCCUACCAUAAUCCCAAGUCAUAUUCUAUCAUGAUGCCUGGAGUGGUAAGCGCUGGUACAGUCACGUAAUUCCCCCACCCUCCGCGAAGCGAAUGGAGAUGCUUAGUGAUAGCUUACGGGGUGGCAGCUAGCCGCUAUCGUAGAACCAGCUGGAUACUCGAGAAACAAUAUAAAGCAUUAAAUCUACACAGAAACCGAGCGCACAGGCCCCGAAUGCAUGCCCGAACUAAAUCAUGCUGAAAUUUGCUCAUGUCGCUUGAUGGAAUGCCUGACUAGUCGAAGUGGAAUAGACCAGGGUCUACACCGAACAUUUGCUAUAUUCGCUACACCAGACACGGACAAUACUUGUGCUGACCUUGGCUAUGCCGCUGCUCCUCGAGACAAAGCCCGAAGAAGUCAUUUGUAGACGGGAAUGUAGCCUGUUAUUGAAUUUCAUGAUAUCACUUCCCCAUUUUAGUCUGUCCCGCUCAGCAUUGAACUUAACGACAGCAAUUGAGUCUCACUCAUUCAAAAC